AUGCGGACCUCACGCCUCCAAUCCGCCUUCCAACCAACCCGCACCCCCUCCCUCCGCCGCUUACGAACCGUCUUCUCCUCCUCUUCCACCACCUACACCACUACAACAACCUCACCAACCAUGUCCUAUACGACCUCAUCUACCCUCUCACUCUCCCGCACUGCCAGCCCCUCCUCAGACAUCCUCCCCCCGUCGUCUGCACACUCGGGCUUCUCCACGCACUCGGCCGCACGCCUCAGGAGCAUUCUCCAGCUUCGUCGGAAACAGAGCGCUAGGGAUCUAGAACUCGAGGAAGAGAAACGGAGCUUUGGGAGUGAGUUGGCGCUGUUUGAGCCUAGGCCUGUGGGCGGUGAGGCCGGGGUUGGGGGCAUCUUUGAGGUGCUUGAUGGGAGGGUUUGA